UCACUGACAACAGUCCUAGAACCUAAGCAAGGCAUCCCUAUAAAUGUCAGGUCUGCCCCACUCACUCUGUGGGACUCUCUGUGAAGCAGCCAGCUCUCCUCUGGAUUCUUUUGUGUUGAGAGAUCAAAGUCAACUAACACAAUGGAACCUUGUACACUGAAAGAUUCCCUGAAAAUCAUCAUUGAUACCUUCCACAAAUACUCAGGCCAGGGUGGUGACCGAGAUGCUCUGAAUAAGAAGGAAAUGAAGCAGCUGUUGACCAAAGAGAUGCCACAUUUCAUCAAGAAUUCCAAGGACCUGCAAUGUGUCCCACGCCUCUUUCAGGAGCUAGAUACAAAUCAAGACAAUGAUGUUAACUUCAAGGAGUACGCUGUGAUGAUAGCACGCCUGACCAUGGCCUCUCAUGAAAAGAUGCAUGAAAAUGCACCAGACAAGGAUCAUCACAGCCACGGGCCUGGCUUGGAGGGAAAGUAAUCAGGGAGUUCUCACUGUGGUGGUGGACAUGGGCACUAACACUGAUGGUAGAGAGGCAAAAUCUCCCUCUCCCAUUCAACUUUCCUUCCUUUACCAUAUCCCCCCAUCAAGGAAAUGUUUCAACUCCACAGAGGCAGAAGAAGGAGGGCAAAAAAUAAUAGGGAAGGGGGUGCUGGUGUCCUAAUGCCCUUAGCAAUAUGAUUGGAGACAAUAAAGGUUUUCUUUGAUCCA